AUGGCAGAAACUAGAUCGGUGAUACCACCAGCAAUACCUCACGUACUCAUCUUCCCUUUUCCAGCACAAGGCCAUAUCAACUCGAUGCUCAAAUUAGCUGAGAUUCUCUGCUUAUCGGGGAUUAACGUGACCUUUGUUAACACCCAACAGAAUCACAAACGUCAACUUAUUUUUGGCAAUCUUCAUUCUCGUUUCGGAAAAUUUCUAGGAUUCAGUUUCGAAGCCAUUCAAGAUGGUCUUUCGACUGAUCAACAUCACUCGGCUGUUUCUUGUAUCAUAUCAGAUGGUGGUUUGGGGUUUGCAAUUGAUGUUGCUGAAGAGCUGGGAAUUCCAGCCAUUUCUUUCCGUACCAUCAGUGCUUGUUGCACCUGGAUUUAUUUGUGUUCCCCGAAACUUGUGGAAAAUGGUGACAUACCAUUCAAAGACGAAGAUAUGGAUCAACUAAUAAGGAGUGUGCCGGAGAUGGAAAGCUUUCUCCGAUGUAGAGAUUUACCAAGUUUUUAUAGAGCUAAAGAAGUCAACCAUCCGCAUCUGGAUUUUGUCAAUACGGCAACAGUAACUUCAAUUAGAGCCACGGCUCAUAUACUUAAUACAUUCGAGGAUAUCGAAGCUCCAACACUCUCGCAAUUGAGAUCUUACUACCCAAACCUAUACACAAUUGGACCUCUUAAUGCACUGUUGAAUAGCCUUAGAAGUAAUUCUACUUAUACUUCUUCUUCAUUACCUGUUUCCUGCAAUGCUAGUUUGUAUGAAGAAGACAGAAGUUGCAUGACUUGGCUCGAUAAACAGCCAGAGAAAUCUGUGGUGUACGUAAGCUUUGGAAGCAUUGCCAUGGUGACUCGCGAGCAAUGGUUGGAGAUUUGGUGUGGCCUAGUUAACAGCAGUUAUAGAUUCUUGUGGGUUAGACGCCCAGAUUCGCUUCCUGUCGAUGACAAUGAGGAGAGUCGGAUACAGGCGGAGCUGGUUGAGACAACAAAAGAGAAAGGUUACAUGGUGGAGUGGGCACCACAAGAGGAGGUGUUGAAUCAUCCAGCUGUUGGUGGAUUUUUUACUCACAGCGGAUGGAAUUCGACUCUAGAAAGCAUGGCUGCUGGACUACCCAUGGUUUGCUGGCCACAUGUGGCAGAUCAACAGAUUAACAGUAGGUAUGUCAGUGAGGUUUGGAAAAUUGGAAUGGACAUGAAAGACAAAUGUAAUAGAGUAACAGUAGAAAAGUUGAUUAGGGAAAUGAUGGUUGAUAAGAGAGACGAGUUGAUGAAGUCGACAGUGAAGGUUGCAGAGAUGGCACGAAAGAGUGUUAGCCGUGAUGGGUCAUCUUACCGCAACUAUGAAGCGCUGCUUGAAUUCUUACGGAAGUCGUGUUAA